ACAUAUUUUUUUGUUGUAACAAAAGGUGUAAAUUAAAGUAGGAAUCCACAAAAAAAAAUCGAUAUAAAAAUGACCAAACCCAAGUCCCCAAGCAUUUAAAAAGAAAUAUCAAAUAUCAAUCCAAGCAAAGCAUAAAAGCAACACAUUACAGCAUCGUAAGCCAACCACUCCCAAGCUAAAAAGUUUUCUUCUAAAAGACAAAUAAUAGACAAACAAGAAAGAGUAUGGAAGAAGAAGAUGGAGACGCGUCUACGCCGUUUUGGCUUCAAUCACGCCGCAAUAACACUUACUUCCGCCGCACUGCAAGUCUCGGCGGCCGUGCAACCACCGUCGCCACUCAAAUAUUCUUCGCCGGGACAGCUGCAAUCCUUAUAGUCUUCUUCAUUAUCCCUCCUCUCUUUUCCUCUGUUUCACAAGUUUUCCGACCUCAUUUAGUCCGUAAAAGCUGGGAUUAUCUCAACUUCGUUCUCGUCCUUUUCGCCGUCCUUUGCGGCUUCCUCAGCCGCAACACCAAUAAUGACGAAACCAAUCAUAACAAAGAAGAAGACAUUAGUAACAAAUUCUCGAACUCACCUUCGAUCAUCGAUCGAGGAGGUCGUGUAUCUAACAGUGCCACGCCUCGUUAUUGGAUCGAUGAUCGCGGUGGUGGCGGCGGUGAUCAGACGGUGUACAAGAGGUUUAGUAGAUUACGGAGUGUUAGCUCGUAUCCAGAUCUGAGACUCCGGGAAUACGAAGCCGAUGAACGGUGGAGAUUUUACGAUGAUACACGUGUAAGUCAAUGUCGUUACGAAGAUGUAGAUCCGAUCUAUCCAAAUCAAAGUUACAGAAACUGGCAGGAGGAAGUUAAACCACCGCCGGAAGAUUUAGAUCAAACAGAGGACGGUGGUAAUGAAGGAGGAGGAAAGGUCCAUAGCGGCGGUUCCGAAACUGAGAAAGUUGAGGUCUUUGAGACGGCGGAAGCUGAAGUAGUAGAGGAGCUAACAGUGCCUUCUGCUCCGCCGUAUAUUCCGUCUCCUCCGCCGUCUCCGCCACGUCCUCCACCACCUAAGCAAGCGAAGAGGAAGACUAAAAGAGUGUACCAAGAUGUUCCUCCAAAGGAAGAGAAUAAUGAGAGAAGUGAUUUUGUAGCGGCGACGCCGAUGACUCCGAUUCCACCUCCGGCGACUGUGUAUCAAAAGAGCAAUAAACAGGAAAAGAAGAAAGGCGGAGCAACUAAGGAUUUUCUGAUUGCGUUACGGAGAAAGAAAAAGAAGCAGAGACAACAGAGCAUCGAUGGACUCGAUUUACUCUUCGGAUCCGAUCCUCCAUUGGUCUAUUCACCACCACCGCCGCCUCCGCCUCCACCACCUUUCUUCCAAGGGCUAUUCUCAUCCAAAAAAGGUAAAGGCAAAAAAAACAAUUCAAAUCCACCGCCUCCUCCUCCUCCGCCACCACCUGAACGGAGAUAUGAAUCACGCGCAUCAAUGACGUCGAUUCGCAAAGCUCCGGUGGAAUCACGGACAUCUAAACCAAAUCCGCCAGCUAGAGUAACUCAAUUCGUAGGCACAGGAAGCGAAUCGCCAUUGAUGCCGAUCCCGCCGCCGCCUCCUCCUCCGCCGUUUAAAAUGCCGGCUUGGAAAUUCGUGAAGCGUGGAGAUUACGUCAGGAUGGCUAGUGACAUCAGCAUAAGCUCCGACGAACCCGAUGAUCCCGACGUAGCUCAAUCAGCUGAAGGUAAGGUCGCCGCCGGGAGUAUGUUCUGUCCAAGCCCCGACGUAGAUACCAAAGCCGAUGAUUUCAUCGCGAGAUUCAGAGCUGGACUCAAAUUGGAGAAGAUGAACUCUGUGAAAAGAGGGAGAUCCAAUUUAGGACCCGAACCCGGACUUAAUGAAUCCGGGUCUUAAUAAACGGGUAGUGGUUAUAGGCCUAGCCCAAGCGUAUAGUGGUUAUUACUUUUGGAUUUUGGAACAUCGAUCUUUCUUUUUGUUGCAUUUUUGGAUUACACUGUGUUGGGUUUUUCCUACUUUUGUUUAAUUUUCUUAUACGUAAUUUUGUGGAUUACACUAUACGUUUUUUAUAGAUUUUAGCCCAUCUUAGGAUUAA